CCGGAAGUUGCGUAUGGUGUUUGGCAUGCGCAUAUUACUGAGGAAGAAAAGAACCACUGUUUAAGGAACGAUAUAAAAUUGUAAACAUUAUUAAACUGGCUGCUUUCUCUGUGUGGAUGGGAUGGAAGAAUAAGGUUAACCUCAAGGUGUGGAAGAAAACAUUGUUCGCCAGUGCAUGGACACAAAGCCAAUGCGCAGGGCCACCAGCGCACGCCAAGACGCCACUGGAAUGGACAUCACCAGCCGCUGUACCCUGGGGGACCCCAACAAACUCCCUGAAGGGGUCCCCCAGCCUGCACGCAUGCCCUACAUCUCUGACAAACACCCACGACAGACCCUGGAGGUGAUCAACCUGCUGAGAAAACACCGUGAGCUCUGUGAUGUGGUGCUGGUCGUGGGUGCCAAGAAGAUUUAUGCUCACCGUGUGAUCCUGUCUGCCUGCAGCCCUUAUUUCAGGGCGAUGUUUACUGGAGAGCUGGCAGAGAGCAGGCAGACUGAGGUGGUUAUUCGUGACAUUGAUGAGAGAGCCAUGGAGCUGCUCAUUGACUUUGCCUACACCUCACAGGUGACUGUAGAGGAGGGUAAUGUCCAGACAUUGCUUCCUGCAGCCUGCCUUCUCCAGCUGGCUGAGAUCCAGGAGGCCUGCUGUGAGUUCCUCAAGAGGCAGCUGGAUCCCUCCAAUUGUCUGGGCAUCAGGGCCUUCGCUGACACACACUCCUGCCGUGAGCUGCUCCGCAUUGCAGACAAGUUCACCCAGCACAAUUUUCAAGAGGUAAUGGAAAGUGAAGAGUUCAUGCUGCUGCCUGCCAACCAGUUGAUUGACAUCAUUUCAAGCGAUGAGCUCAACGUGCGCAGCGAGGAGCAGGUUUUCAAUGCUGUGAUCGCCUGGGUGAAAUACAGCAUCCAGGAACGCAGACCACAGCUACCCCAGGUCUUGCAGCAUGUCCGUCUGCCACUACUCAGCCCCAAGUUUCUGGUGGGCACCGUAGGUUCAGAUCCUCUCAUUAAGAGUGAUGAGGAGUGCAGAGACCUGGUUGAUGAGGCUAAGAAUUACCUGCUGCUGCCGCAGGAAAGACCACUCAUGCAGGGCCCCAGAACACGGCCGAGGAAACCCAUCCGCUGUGGAGAGGUACUUUUUGCAGUUGGUGGCUGGUGCAGUGGAGAUGCCAUUUCCAGUGUUGAGCGUUAUGAUCCUCAGACCAAUGAGUGGCGGAUGGUAGCGUCAAUGAGCAAACGGCGCUGUGGAGUCGGUGUGAGUGUUCUGGAUGACUUGCUGUAUGCAGUGGGUGGUCAUGAUGGCUCGUCGUAUCUCAACUCUGUGGAGAGGUAUAUGAUGAAGACCAACCAGUGGAGCAGUGAUGUUGCCCCUACAAGCACUUGUCGUACCAGUGUAGGUGUAGCUGUCCUUGGUGGUUAUUUGUAUGCUGUAGGAGGACAGGAUGGGGUUUCCUGUCUCAACAUUGUGGAAAGAUAUGAUCCUAAGGAGAACAAAUGGACACGUGUGGCCUCCAUGAGCACCAGGCGGCUAGGUGUAGCUGUGGCUGUGCUAGGGGGGUUCCUGUACGCUGUGGGAGGGUCUGAUGGGACAUCACCAUUAAAUACAGUGGAACGCUACAACCCUCAAGAGAACCGCUGGCACACUGUAUCUCCAAUGGGGACCCGGAGGAAACACCUUGGCUGUGCAGUCUACCAGGACAUGAUUUACUCUGUUGGAGGGAGAGACGACACCACAGAGCUGAGCAGCGCAGAGCGAUACAACCCCAGAACCAACCAGUGGUCUCCUGUGGUGGCCAUGACAUCUAGACGGAGUGGGGUGGGCUUGGCUGUGGUGAAUGGUCAGCUGAUGGCAGUGGGAGGCUUUGAUGGGACAACUUAUCUCAAAACUAUAGAAGUCUAUGACCCCGAUGCCAACACAUGGAGGUUAUACGGAGGAAUGAACUACCGCCGGCUGGGUGGAGGGGUGGGUGUCAUUAAAAUGACUCAUUGUGAAUCCCACAUAUGGUAACCCCCCCCCCCAACACACACACUUUUUAUCAAAUUGCAAUGGACACAUCUUUUCACUGACUCUUAUGCCUCCAAAAGACUGUUAAUUCACGUGAGGAUUAGAGAAACGGGGGGGCUGAGCCAAAAGAGGUAUGAACUUUUGAACUUUUGACUCAUACCCAGCCCAACGCCAAGGUCAGUAACUUUCAGAUGCCCUGACUGUCUUCGCUGAUUGACCAUGGUCACCAUAAAGUGCACUGUGAACAGAAAUCUGCCAAGUUAGGAGAGGAUGACCUGUAAUGUCUUCAGGUUUUCAGUCUUCUCAGUCUGGGACAUUAGAAUGGAUGAAACUUAGUUUGAUUGAUUUUUGCUGUUGUGGGGAGAUAUUUUUAUCUAUCUGAGAUUUAAAAAGUUCAGAGGCCACUAGAAGAGGACUUUUUCAGUGUUUCCAACUGUGACAGCCUCUGCUACCUUCCCUUGUCUUAAAAUGCCAGUCCCCAAAUUCAGGCUAGUGACAGCCACCUUAAAUGCAUGAAAAGCAGCUAACGAACCACAAAACUUUCUUUAAUUUGGAUAUCACAUUGCAUCCUGACUGUCAGAGGUAAGUCUGUGCUCGUUCAUUCUGUCUUUACUUGGCCCAAGUCUUGGAAGCGUACAUCUCACUUGUGGCUGUUACAUCUCUGGCCCUUAUAUGUGUAGCAUUAAUCAUUAGCAAAAUAUCAGUUUCCUUCUGAAGGCAUCUGUAUGUUUAGGCUUUUAUUGCCACCAGAGGAGAUUAGUAGCAGGAGAGGAGCACAACAUUUUCUCCCAAACUUACUGUCAUUGAAUGGGACUGCUGUACUUUACAGGACUGGCUACUGUAGCCAUUUGUUACCUUGGAUGUUUAUAGAUUUCAGUUUAGAUGCUCACAGUGUAGUUAAAGGAAUUUAAAGCCUGUUAACCUGUUAGUCAGCAUAAACCCCUCAGUGGAAAAAAACCUAGGCACCAGAAUGAUUCAGUCCUGCCUGGUUUAUUGUUGGCUCCAGUGCUGAAAACUGAAGGCCUCAGUAUACUUCAGAUGAACAAGGUUGUUUUAUUAAAUCAAGUGCAAAAGUGUUUACACCUGUUCCAAAUGUAAACGCCUGAAGGCGCGCCUUCAGCUGGGCUUCAGGUCCAGCCCUCCACACCCUCACAUGCUCAUACACCUGGCCAAUCGACGUGUAUUUAACAAAAUGCAUGUUUUGGGAGGUUACAAAAAUUGCUCCCUAGACUCUGCCAUUGGAAACAUGGGUUGACACCAUUCACCCCCAUUCAUUUGAAGCAUACUGAGAUCUUAGCGGAGUCAUAUAUUGCAUUUGAUAGUAUGCAGACAGUCUAACCUCAAAGAGGGAAAAGUUGGAACUUGUAGGAGUCUAAAGGCCAAUGCUGGUGAUAUUUCUUCCUUUUUUUUAAUCUUUAUUUUAUUUUUUUUUGUCAACAAGUCCCUUAAAAGAACCAGAACCAACAAGAUGUUUAUCUGUUUGUCAGCGCUUUCUAACUUCCCCAGCCUGUCUGUAGUGCUUAAUCCCAAAUGUAUUAAUUCAUCAUAAAAAUGUUAAUUUUAAAAACAUAAACAUUUACUGAACAUUUUUGAAGGCUCAGUAAUUUCAUACAGAAGUUGGGCACUGUAGGUUUUAACAAACAUUAUUCACGCAGGAGGAAAUAAUGCCUUGUUGGGAACCGCUAUCAGCUGUAGCUGAGCUGUCAACAAUACAGCUCUAUGGCACAGAGUAGUAACACAUCAGGCUGUGGCUGCACAUACUGUGUGUUAGUGGGAUGCUUCAAUUGUUGGUUUUGGACUUUGUGUGGAAUUUGUUGACAGUAGAAAAAUAUAGAAUAUAAACAGACUAAGACUUUUUGUAGUCAUUUAAAAUGGAUUCCGCAUGUUGUCAUUUUUGCUCUGGAGGAUAUUGAGAUUGGGAAAAAUUUGAAUAUAUUACAAACAUGCUGCUUUAAAAUACUACAUGACUUUCCCUGUUUUUAUACAAAAGUGGGGAAUUAUGUUUACUGCUUAGGUCACAGAGCCACUUACAGUUGCUGAUGAGUUUUCACUGAACACUGGAGCCAGUGACCUACUGGUGACACAGGUGGUUAGUCUGUGCCCACAGCAGGGCCACCAUAAUGCUUAGGCCUGUCAUGCAAAAAAUACAUUCAGUGUCACUUUAAAAUGUUAUGAACUUGUAAAUAUUUUAUGCUGAAGCUAUUUAUCAGCCAUCCAUUCAAGAUACUGAUCACAUCUAUGUUAUAGACUGACCAGGACAUGGACAGCGCUGAGACUGAAGUUCAGUUCAGAAAUGUUAAUAGGAUCUUUUGGACACUGUCAUUGAUUCAUAUGUAGUCAAAGGAAUUGAUUUUGUUUUGAGACACAGGUCCUUUUUGUUCUACAUUCAUACCUUCCCAUGUUUUGGUUUUCUAAAGUCCUCAUAUGCAGCUCAAUGUCAUGGAACCACCUGCUGGAAAACAGUUCUAGCGCAGAGUUAGUUAGUUUUCCUAGUGGUUGUGUAACUGAUCUCAGCUCAAUGUGAAACAGACACAGUUUGAAUAGAUGGUGUAAUAGUUUGGAUUAAUCCUCUCAUAAUUUAUUGCACUGUGAUUGGAAAUGUGUUUUUAGAGUUCAUCUUUUUUUUUCUUAUUUUUAUGGGUGCUCAGCUUUCCAGUUAUGGGAUAGAAAAUGCCUAAAAUUAUCAUAGGUCAACUUAGGAAUCAGAAAUUCCAGGCCUCCCACACAGAAUGACAGCCUCAGUGCUGUGCAGAAGUGGAUUUAUUUCCUAAAUGCAACACUACUUGUUUGACUUGAUUUUUGUCACACACUAUUCAUCACAGUUUUGCAAUUCACGGUUGUAAUGCAUGAAGUUAGCCACAGCAAGCAGGUUCUAAAGUGAAUACUGGCAUUGAUGUUCAAUAAUAUGGCAAAUCUUCAGUAGAGUCUGUUGGUUUGAGUUGUCUGUGCUAGUGGGGGAUGUCAAGUCACAGGGUCACUGCUGGACUGAUGGUGUAGUUUCUGUAGGUAGAUAUUCAGGUCUCAAAAUAAAUGUUUGUGGUCUGGGAUGUUUUACAGACACAAAUUGUGUAAUCUGACCAUUUCAUGCAGCUUUCUAAAAUUCUGAAAUUGGAACAGCACAUUUUGUGUAUCAGAUUGUAAUGAAUGUCCAGUUUCCAUCAAAUACAAAUGAUACAAUCAGUUGUUGUUGAGGAACAAAUUGUGCCGUCUGACCAGCUGUGUAUACCUGCUUCUUGAAGCAUCUACCACAUACGCCAUGCCACAGUACAGUGAAACCCCACUCAGUUAGGAGUCCAUACAUGGUACUGCUUUUGUCUCUGGCAGCCCCGUUACUGUCGAGUAGUGAUGACCCAUAGUGUUCCAAAAAAUGUUAACUUGUCAGUGUUGGCUUCCAAAAUGUUUUCAGCUUUGUGGUUGCAUUUUAAGAUGACUCAUUUUCUAAUGUCCAAAUAUUACCCCUGACUCUUCUCUCUCUCAAUAACUAACUCUGGCAGUGCAUUUUUUUUAAUUAACAAAUAUCAAUUGUUCUCUCUUAGACCAAAGCAGUACUUCUGUAUUUGGCUCCCAAACUGAGUGAAGUUCCCAUUUUUGUUAUUUGAGCUACUAAUGAUGCAUUGUGACUGUGAUAAACAAAUCACCCAGCCUUCAGCCAGCACUGUAUAUUCAGAUAUUUUGUUUUUGGUAGCCUCUCAGCUGUGAUUAGAACAGUGGAGUCCAAAAAAUGCCAUCUGGUGACGCAUGGACUCACCAAAUUCAUUAUGGCAAGGAUUAAACCUUUUCCCUGGAAAA